AUGCCCGGGGCGGAACAACACCGCGACCAGAGCGAAGGUGCCGCCGCAUCUACAAGCUCGAUUCCGAUCCCUACGCCGAAGAGAAACGCAUUCACCGAACUCCUCUCCGCUCGCAACAAGCAGCGUAAACCCACAUCCAUCGGCUCAUCGAGCCGAGACGCGCGAAGACGCAACAUGGCUUCAUCCGGAGGACGAGAUGGACUGGAAGUAUACCUCGAAAAACCAGAGUCCUAUCCGUCCAAUGUGGUAAUCUACCACAAUGCAGAUUUCGUCGCAAUUCACGACAUGUUCCCGAAAUCGUCACUACACCUGCUCCUCCUCCCACGAGACAAAACCAAGUACCGUCUCCAUCCAUUCGAGGCCUUCGAAGACGCCGAGUUUCUCACGAAAGUCAAGGCCGAAGCACAAAAGCUCCGCAAAUUGGCAGCGGCCGAGUUGCGCCGUAAAUAUGGGAAGGAAUCGGCGCAGGAACAGGCGCGACAAGCUGCUCUCAAUGCUGACCCGCCGCCGGACGAACUGCCAGAUGGGCGAGAUUGGGAUAAGGAAAUUAUGUGUGGAAUACAUGCAUGUCCUUCCAUGAAUCAUCUACAUGUUCAUGUCAUUGCAGUGGAUCGGCAAAGUGAGAAGAUGAAGCACCGCAAGCACUACAACAGCUUUGCGACGCCUUUCUUCGUGCCCAUCGACGACUUUCCUCUAGCGCCGGACGAUGAACGGCUGCAUCCUACACGGGAAGGGUAUCUACGGUGGGACUUGAAGUGCUGGCGAUGUGGCAAGGAUUUCGGGAAUCGUUUUGCCGAAUUGAAGAGGCACCUCGAGGAAGAGUUUGAAGAAUGGAAGAAACUGUGA